AUGGAUAACCCAAAUAAUUCAAACACACAAAAACCACCAUUGCUGUAUUCAAACAUAGAAAAACCAGAGUCACACUCCAAAACUCCGCAACCAUAUCCAACUCAACCAUCUGUAAAACCUACUGAUACGCCGUAUUCACCCGUACAAAUGGAAGAGGACGACGAGGACCGAUGGCACGACUCUUUAAACUACUCAUCGCCUACAAAACCCACCGAAACGCUGUCGUUAGUAUCAUCAACACAAUCGGAAGAAGAGGAGGAAGACUCAUGGCAAGAUUCACUUUCAUCACCUUUACACGGAGAACCUGCAAAUUCUCAUAUCAUGAGUGAUGUAUUUCAAUCUAUAACACCAGUAAAAGCAGCACUACAUGAAGGACAAACACGAUACAAAACACUAGAAGCACUACUAACUAUAACACCAACAAAAACAGCACUGCACGAUACUACACAACACAAAACACUUGGAACACUACUAGAUCCUCAUGUACAACCAUAUUCAUUCACCUUGAAAGAGAACGAUAGCGUGCAACAAAACGAUCAAAACCUUAACUCUUCAUACAUCGCAUCACUGAACACGUCGUCUCCAACCGUAACUCUGCUGCAAGAUAAACUAUCGCCAAACGAUAAUCCACUAACGUCAGACAAAAAACCAGAUGACACCCAAAUUCCACAAGCAAAUUCCACAUUAAACAAUCCCUUGACAACUACUGAACCACUCGAGCAUGACAACAAGCCCGCUGUUCCAAUCGGCAAAACACAGUUUACAGCAAAUAGACUCCUAGAACAGGACACGACACCACAUGCUACAUUUAAUGUGACCACGCCGAUAGUCACUAAAACAUCCGACGAGGACCAGACAUCAGCUGUGCUCUUCAACGAAAGCCCACUGAGAGCAACCACCCCGUCAGAAGAGGACAGGAAGCCAUCUGCUCCAUUCGACGAGACAACGCCGAUAGCCAAUGAAACGGCAGAAGAGGACAACAAAGCAGCUUUCCCGCUAACUCAAACGUCAUUGACGCCAAUCACUUUGUCAGAAGACGAGAAACCAGCUGCUAAAUUGGAUGAGAUAGCGAUUACAACAACUGUAACAUCAGAAAAAUACAACACAUCAAUUGUACCGUUAGCCGAAACGCCAUUAACAGCAACCACCGCGCCAGAGGAGCACACGAAACGAGCUGCUCUAUUGGCAGAGACGACAAGUACAACCACUAAAAUGAUUACAACCACUGUAACAUCAGAAGAGGACAAGACACCAGCUGCUCUUCGAGCACGUCACUCAUCAGCGUCAGAAGAGGACGAGAUACCAACUGUGCUCUCCAACAGAACUCCACUGACAGCAACCGCGCUAUCGGAAGAGGACAAGAAAGCAUCUGCACCAUUGGACGAGACAACGCUUAUAGACAGUGAACCCGCAGAAGAGGACAACAAAGCAGCUUUCCCGCUAACUCAAACGUCAUUGACGUCAACCACUUUGUCAGAAGACGAGAAACCAGCUGCUAAAGUGGAUAAGAUAGCGAUCACAACAACUAAAACGUCAGAUGAAGACACGAUAACAGCUACUCCAUUAGAUGAGACAACGAUUACAACCAGUAUAACAUCAGAAGAGGACAAGACACCAGCUGCUCUUCGAGCACGUCACUCAUCAGCGUCAGAAGAGGACGAGAUACCAACUGUGCUCUCCAACAGAACUCCACUGACAGCAACCGCGCUAUCGGAAGAGGACAAGAAAGCAUCUGCACCAUUGGACGAGACAACGCUUAUAGACAGUGAACCCGCAGAAGAGGACAACAAAGCAGCUUUCCCGCUAACUCAAACGUCAUUGACGUCAACCACUUUGUCAGAAGACGAGAAACCAGCUGCUAAAGUGGAUAAGAUAGCGAUCACAACAACUAAAACGUCAGAUGAAGACACGAUAACAGCUACUCCAUUAGAUGAGACAACGAUUACAACCAGUAUAACAUCAGAAGAGGACAAGACACCAGCUGCUCUUCGAGCACGUCACUCAUCAGCGUCAGAAGAGGACGAGACACCUACUUUGCUAUUCAAUAAAACCUCACUGGAAAAAAACCAGGUGCCCGAGCAGCGCACGGGAAAAGAUGCUCUUCGAGCACGUCACUCGUCAGCAUCAGAAGAGGACGAGACAACCACUGUGCUAUUCAACGAAACCUCACUGGAAAAAAACCAGGUGCCCGAGCAGCGCACGGGAAAAGAUGCUCUUCGAGUACGUCACUCGUCAGCGUCCGAAGAGGACGAGAUACCAACUGUGUUUACUAACGGUAAAACUUCACAAACAAACGAAAAUCAAAUAAAUGAAUCGUAUGACAUAUUCCUAAGUCAACUGUUGCAAAAACUUCAACCUAAUGACAAUGAAAAACCGGCAGCCUACACUCCAUUGGAUGAGUCAGGCGAUGAGAUAGCGAUUACAACGACUCUAACGUCACAGGAGGACACCAAUAGGGACGUGCCGUUAACCGCAACGCCGCUGACAGCAACCAAGGUGCCAGAAGAGCACCACGAACAGUACACUCCAUUGGAUGAGUCAGGCGAUGAGAUAGCGAUUACAACGACUCUAACGUCAGUGGAGGACACCAAGCCGGACGUCCCGUUAACCGCAACGCCGCUGAAAGCAACCACGGAGGAGAAUAACAAACAGCAGACUCCGCCUGAUGACACCAGCACUACAGCUCCUAAAACGUCAGAAGACGACCUAAAGCAAGGUGUUCCGAUCAGUGAAUUAACAUACACGGCAACCACCGCGGCAGAGAAAAACACGAAACCAGAUACUCCAUUUUAUGAGAGAACGAUUACGACAAGUGAAACGUCAGUAGAGGAUGUCAAGGAAACUGUGUCGAUAAAUGAAGCACCAUACACAGCAACCACUGCGGCAGAGAAAAACACGAAACCAGAUAUUCCAUUUUAUGAGACCAGCACUACAGCGCCUAAACCGUCCGCUGAUGAAGUAAAGGACGUCAAGGACAGUGUCCCGUCAGCUGAAGCCCAAUUGACAGCAACCACACCGACAGAGGAGACCAAGAAACAGGAGACCGGGCUGGAUGAUACCAGCAAUAGGGCGCCUAAGACGGUAGAAGACGACCUAAAGCAAGGUGUUCCGAGCUAUGGAUCCACGUACACAGCAACCACCGCGACAGAGAAAAACAAGAAACCAGAUACUCCUUUUUAUGAGACAACGAUUACAACGAUGAACACGUCAAAAGACGACCUAAAGGAAGCUCUUCCGUUCAGUGAACCACCAUACACGGCAACCACCGCGGCAGAGAAAAACACGAAACCAGAUAUUCCGUUUUAUGAGACUAGCACUACAGCGCCUAAACCGUCCGCCAAUGAGGGAAAAGACGUGAAGGAAAGUGUCCCAUUAGCUGAAGCCCCAUUGACGACAGAGGAGAAUAAGAAACAGGAGACUCCGCCCGAUGAGACCAGCACUACAGCGCCUAAACCGUCCGCUGAUGAAGUAAAGGAGGUCAAGGAAAGUGUUCCAUUAGCUGAAGCCCCAUUGACGGCAAGCACGCCGACAGAGGAGACUCCGCCCGAUGAGACCAGCACUAGGGCGCCUAAGACGGUAGAAGACGACCUAAAGCAAGGUGUUUCGAGCAAUGGAUCCACGUACAUAGCAACCACCGCGGCAGAGAAAAACACGAAACCAGAUACUCCAUUUUAUGAGAGAACGAUUACGACAAGUGAAACGUCAGUAGAGGAUGUCAAGGAAACUGUGUCGAUAAAUGAAGCACCAUACACAGCAACCACUGCGGCAGAGAAAAACACGAAACCAGAUAUUCCAUUUUAUGAGACCAGCACUACAGCGCCUAAACCGUCCGCUGAUAAAGUAAAGGACGUCAAGGAAAGUGUCCCGUUAGCUGAAGCCCCAUUGACAGCAACCACGCCGACAGAGGAGGUUAAGAAACAGGAGACUGCGCCCGAUGAGACCAGCACUACAGUUCCUAAAACGUCAGAAGACGACCUAAAGGAAGCUGUUCCAAUCAGUAAAUUACCAUACACGGCGACCACCGCGGCAGAGAAAAACAAGAAACCAGAUACUCCAUUUUAUGAGACAAGGAUUACAACGAUUAAAACGCCAGAAGACGACCUAAAGGAAGCUGUUCCGAUCACUGAAGCUCCAUACACAGCAACAACGGCGACAGAGAAAAACACAAAACCCGAUACUUCAUUUUAUGAGACCGCCAUCACAACCAAUAAAACGCCAGAAGAGGUGGAGGAAACAGGUGUACCGUUAACUGAAUCACCAUAUACAGCAACCACCGCGGCAGAGCAAAACAAGAUACCAGAUACGCCAUUUUAUGAGAGAACGAUUUCGACAACCAAGAAGCCAGAAGAGGACCUCAAGGAAAUUGUCCCAAUAACUGAAACCACGUACACAGCAACAACGGCGACAGAGAAAAACUCGAAACCAGAUACGCCAUUCUAUGAGACAAGGGUAACGACCAAUAACACAUCACACGAGGGGGAGAAAGAAGGAGUGCUGUUAACUGAAGCAGCGUUAACAGAACUGACGGCGCUAGAGCAGAACAGACCACCCGAUACUUCAUUGGAUCACACCACGACUACAACCACUAAAACGUCAGACCAGGACAUCAAGGAUGCUGUCCCGAUCACUGAAGCCUCAUACACCGCAACCACGGCCACACCAGACACACCAUUUUAUGAAACAACAAUUACAACCACUAUAACUGCACAAGACGAGCCGAAAGCUUCUGGCCCGUCAGCCGAAUCACGACUGACGGCGACCACGCCCGCAAAGGAGAAACCACACACUACAUUAGGUGACACAAACAGUAACACCACUAAAACGUCAGAAGUGGCCAACAAAGCAGAUGUGCCGUCAGCUGAAGCACAACCGACAGCGCCGCCACCGACGAAUGAGAGCAAGAAACCCCAGAGUUCAUUCGCUGAGACAACGAUUAAGACUGCGACAGCUGCAGAAGAUCGGCAGAAUCCUGAUGACCUCUCAGCUCACGCAUCAUUGACCGCAACCCCACAAACAGAGGGCAACAAGAGGUCAGACACUCCCUUGGAUGAAACAGUCACUAUUACCACUACAACCGCUGAUGAUCAGCAGAGAGCGGCUACCCCGUUAGCUGAAACACAACUGACCACCACCGCGACCACAGAAGAGACCAAGAAGCCAAAGGCAAUGGCCACUAAAACGUUAGAACUGGACAACACAGAAUCUGUGCCCUCAACUGAAGCACGAUUGGCAACAGCGUCGCCAACAGAAGAUAGCAAGAAGCCAGACACUCCAUCGGAUGAGACACCAAUUACGGCCACUAGAACAGCAGAAGAUCAGGGGAGGGCCGCUGCCCCGUUAGCCGUUGAACAACUACAAGCAGCCGCGCCGAUAGAGGAGAACAAGAAGCCACAUAACCUCUUGGACAAGACAACCACAAUCACAACUAAAACGUCAGAAGCGGAGCACACAACCGCGCCGACAGAGGGGGGCAAGAAGUCACAUACCCUUUUGGAUCAAACAGUGAUUACGACUACUACAACUGCUGAGGAUGAGCGGAAAGUUGCUACCCCGUCACCUGAAACUGAAUUCACCACAACCACACCGACAGAGGACAGCAAGAAACCAGAGCCAACGGCCACUGAAACGUCAAAACUGGAUAACAAAGAAUCCGUACCACAAGCUGAAGCAUCAUCGGCGACACCAACAACGAUAGACGAGAGCAAGAAGCCGGAUACGCUUUUGGAUGAAACACUGAUUACGACUACGACAACUGCUGAUGAUCAGCAGAAAGUGGCUACCCCGCUAGCUGAAACAGAAUUGACCACAACCGUGUCGACGGAGGGGAGGAAGAAACCAGAAGUGAUGACCUCUGAAAAGUCGAAAUUGGAUCACAAAGAAUCUGUGCUACCAGCUGAAGCAGCAUUGGCAACACCGUCGCCGAUAGAGGAGAGCAAGAAGCCGGAUACGCUGUUGGAUCAAACAGUGAUUGCCACUACUACCACUGCUGAGGACGUGCCGAAACCCGAUACAGAACUGACCACAACAGCGCCGACAGAGGAGAGCAGGAAGCCGGAUGCGCUUUUGGACCAAACAGUGAUCACGACUACGACAACUGCUGAGGAAGUGCCGAAAGCCGAUACAGAACUGACCACAACAGCGCCCACAGAGGAGAGCAAGAAGCCAGAAGUGAUGAUCUCUGAAAAGUCGGAAGUGGAUAACAAAGAAUCUGCGCCCCCAGCUGAAGCAGCAUUGGCAACACCGUCGCCGAUAGAGGAGAGCAAGAAGCCGGAUACGCUGUUGGAUCAAACAGUGAUAACGACUACUACAACUGCUGAGGAUGAGCCGAAAGCCGAUACAGAACUGACAACAACAGCGCCGAGAGAGGAGAGCAAGAAACCAGAAGUGAUGACCUCUGAAAAGUCUCAAGUGGACAACAAAGAAUCUGUGCUCCCAGCUGAAGCAGCAUUGGCAACAGCGUCGCCGAUAGAGGAGAGCAAGAAGCCCGAUACGCUUUUGGAUCAAACAGUGAUUACGACUACGACAACUGCUGAGGAAGUGCCGAAAGCCGAUACAGAACUGAACACAACAGCGCCGAUAGAGGAGAGCAAGAAGCCGGAAGUGAUGACCUCAGAAAAGUCGGACGUGGAUAACAAAGAAUCUGUGCUCCCAGCCGAAGCAGCAUCGGCAACAGCGAACACGAUAGAGGAGAGCAAGAAGCCGGAUGCGCUUUUGGAUCAAACAAUGAUCACGACUACUACAACUGCUGAAGAUGAGCCGAAAGCGGCUACAGAAUUGACCACAACAGCGCCGAUAGAGCAGAGCAAGAAGCCGGAUACGCUUUUGGAUCAAACAGUGAUAACGACUACUACAACUGCUGAGGAUGAGCCGAAAGCGGCUACAGAAUUGACCACCACAGCGCCGACAGAGGAGAGCAAGAAACCAGAACUGAUGACCUAUGAAAAGUCGGAAGUGGAUAACAAAGAAUCUGGGCUACCAGCUGAAGCAGCAUCGGCAACACCGUCGCCGGUAGAGGAGAGGAAGAAGCCCGAUACCCUUUUGGAUCAAACAGUGAUAACGACUACUACAACUGCUGAGGAUGAGCCGAAAGCGGCUACAGAAUCGACCACAACAGCGCCGACAGAGGAGAGCAAGAAGCCGGAUACGCUUUUGGAUGAAGCGAUGAUUACGACUACUAGAACUGCUGAGGAUGAGCCGAAAGCGGAUACAGCAUUGACCACAACGGCGCCGACAGAGGAGAGCAAGAAGCGGGAAGUGAUGACCUCUGAAAAGUCAGAAGUGGAUAACAAAGAAUCGGUGCCAUCGGCUGAAGUUGCAUGGACAAGACCGUCAACGUUAGAGGAGUGGAAGAAACCUGGGGCAACGGCCAGUGAAACGUUUGAAGUGGACAACAAAGAAGCUGUGGUAUUAGCUCAAGCAGCAUGGGCAAGACCGUCGCCGAUAGAGGAGAGAGAGAAAACGGAGCCAGCGGCCAAUGUAACGUCUGAGGUGGACAACAAAGACUCUGUGGCAUCAGCCCAGGCAGCGUGGGCAAGGCCGUCGCCGAUAGAGGAGGGGGAGAAAACGGAGCCAGCGGCUACUGAAACAUCAGAGAUGGACAACAAAGAAUCUGUGGCAUCAGCCCCAGGAGCUUGGGCAAGACCGUCGCCGAUAGAGGAGAUGAAGAAAUCAAAUACGCCAGAAAUCAGAUACGACGGAUUUGUUGUGGGGGUGAAUGAUCGUCAGCAUUUAACGGAGUUUCAAGAUUUAAAGGCAAAAUAUUUUUUUGAAGUCAAUUUGGAUGUGAAGGAUAAAAAAGUGAUAACUUGGGCGGAUGUUGAAUCUUAUUUGUUGUUGCAUAUGAUAGUCGCAAAACAGGAUGGAAAUCGAGAUUUAGAAAGGAAGUUGAGUUAUCAGACUCGCCAUAUCUGGGAAUUUAUUCAAGAUUCUCGUCCAAACAAAGAUCGAGAUCCAAAUAUUCUAACAUUAGAUCAGGUUCGGGAUACAUGGGGAGCUUUAUCAGAGUACAUUGUAAAAACAAAUACAUUACCAGGAAUGUUUGAAGAUUGGAUCAAAUUAGGAUUUGAUUUAUAUGGUUUGGAUGAAAAAGAGGAAGUGCCAUUAGACUCGUUUCAAAACCUUUAUAAUAAAAUGAAUUUGGAUCUACAAGAUGCUAUAGUGGCAUAUAGAUUUCUUACAGAGAAUAGCACGAAACCUUUGGAUUUUGAGCGCGUUCUAUCAAUAAUUAAAGCUUUAAUAACUUCGUCUGAUGACGAACACUACAGUCAGUUUAUUUUACCAGGAUUUGUCCGACAAGUUAUGAAUAAACGAGUUCAAGAUGAUAACAAAUCUUCAAAUCUUAGAGGUAAUAGAGAUUUAUCGUCGAAUAAAAACGGUGAUCAACAAGAGAAAUCGGUUAGCGAUGAAGAUAGGAAACAUAGAGACCAACGAAGAGAACAACCGACUAGUAAAGAAGAUCAUUUUGCACGUCUAGAAAACUACGUGCCUGGUUUCCAACUGUCAUUAGGUGAUGAUGAUGAUCAUAUUAAACAAAUUUUACGUGAUUUGAACUGGGAAUGCGAUGAAGUUGAAAUUCUCGAUGGAAAUGUGAGGCGCAACUUAGUUUUACACGAUCACCCGAAUCAGCAAGAUAAAUAUCAGCAAGAACUGAAACAAUUUGAGGCACUAAUGACAGAUCACAAUGAUUAUGAAAAUCAACAACAGCAAGCUUCAGAUGCUCAGCAACAACCUGUCUCUUCUUCUUCAGAGCGAAAACUGUCAGGUAGAGCUCAACCCUUCUCAUCACAACAUCCACCCAUCGAAGAACAAACUCGAAGUCCGUUAACCAACUAUCAAAAUCAGAGUCGAAUCCUCCAACAAAACGUUAAACAACAGCAACCUCUCACUCUAAAACUAUCAACACAAACAGAACUCUCUCGAGAACCUCAGCUACAAAAACAGUAUCAAGGAGUCGAACCUACACGUCCGCUCUUUCAACAAAAUCAACGACCGGGAAUUCGACACGAAUCCGAUAAUCGCCAAUCACAACCGUCUAAAGAGCCACAACCGCAAAGUCAAAAAUCAGCACAAGAUGAUCAGAAUAAAUCCACUACUUAUCCUAAACAAUCAUCUUAUAAUGAACAAAAUUACCCUGUAGAAAACAAUAAUACUAGCAAAAAGCCACCGACUUCUACUAGUGAUGGAAAGUCGUUCCCUUUAAAACAAACUGAUUUCCCCCUGAACAAAUUCUCAAGAGAGGAUGAAGAAGAGUGUGUUGCCAGCGUACUUCGACAAAUUAUGCCACAGGUAGAAAGACUAGUGGAAGAUGAAGUCAAAAAAGCAGCCAAAAAUCCAGACUCAGGUGGUGACAAUUAUCUAGAAGAAGUCUUAGGACAUGAUCCAUUUCAAUUCAUGUUUGGUGGUGGAUCGAUGUUUACUCCAAAUAGGACAUACGGUGGACCGCAGCAAACAAUUCAUCCCAAUUUUGGUGGAGUAUCUAUGGACAAUAGAAGUAAUGAACAAAUGAAAAACAGUGAAACCGGAGGACUAUAUAUAUCACAAAACCCAAUGUUUAUGACGGGUGAACCAAGAAUGGAAAGACCAGCAAACGAUCAAGGUGAGCAUUUAGCUUAG